AUGGCUAUCGAAACAUUUGGAUUUUUAGACAAAUGUGUGUCAGUCCUUAGAUCUGUCGUGAUAACAUCUUAUUUGGACUUUUCUUCGGCGGCUGAUCGAAUAUUGGACAACAUUGAAAGAAACGACAAACCUCUUCGGCUUAAAAGACCCAUAACGUGGCAUGGCACAACAUCCACCAAGCCACUUUCAUCUAGAGGCUUGCUAUGGAGUAUCCUGAGAGAGAGUAAGAGAGAUGCCCAUCGAGGGGACUCGCCAGAUGACGACGAGAUCGCUGGUUGGAGCAACAUAUGCAGCGGUUUUAGUGGGUGUGCGCUUCUAGCUCUAAUGUGUUUCAGCUUCGUUCCGACCGUGACUCUGUUUCUGGUCUCUUUGCCGCUUCUGCUGAUUUUCAGCCCGGUUUUGAUUGAGGCGGUGGCGGUUCUAGCGGCUGUGAUGGCCGGUUUCUUGGUAGCCGGAGGGAUGUGGGUGGCUGGGAUAUCAUCACUGGUAUGGUCCGGAAAGCAGAUCGGAGAGGCUGAGACGAUUGUAGGGUGGAUGGGUGUUAGGGUUAAGGAAUUAGGUCAAGAAUGGAGCCAUUACUUGUGGAAAAAGGCAGAUGAUGAUUCACCUCAUGUCGCUCACUCUUCCUAG